AUGCAGUCGCAGUAUGCUCCUUUCGCCCAACUUCCGCCGCCAGCUGGACUUGUAGGCACUCGUUCCGAGCCCGUGGUUCUGCCGGCAGCCCUCAGUGACUCGAAGGCUUCCGCGGAGCAGGACGCGCAAAAGAUCUUCAAGCUGGCUCGGGAAGUGGUAACGGAUCACGACAAGUGGUUAUCCACGUUGAGGGAGGAGGAGGCAAAUCGGAAGGAGCGGAAGGAUCUCCUGCGGGUCGUUGCGCAAACCUCUGGGCCUGUUGAAGCAACUCUGAACUUUGAGAUGCCGAAUGGUGCGCAGGCGACAGAGAAGUUGAACGUCGAAGCCACCACCGCGUUUGAGCUCUACACCAAGGCGUACGAGCUCCUGGUCAACAAAGACACCCUGUGGAAAAUUACGGUUUCUGGCCCUACAGCUGGCUCGGCAUCGCCGAUCUCUGUACAAGUCAAAGAGGCAAUGUAUGGGCAGAGCUUGGCCAGCCUUGGGCUGAAAGCAGGCUGCAGUUACGCAGUGAAAAUUGUACAGUGA